AUGAACUUUCAUGAUCAGCAUCGUUUACCUUACAAUUUCAUGCAUUGUACAUUUUGUACUCUUUAUUCCAAUGGAUAUGUAGAGCUGCAGGAAUAUGCAAAACAACAAGAAGUGAAACAUCGUCGUAAAAUCAUUCUUCCUUGCGUCAUUCCAUGGGAAUAUGGAUCCAACAAAUAUGCUAGUCAAAAAGGUACCGGCGGUUUUGGUACCAUUCGAAAUGCCACAACACCAAUCAAAUGUAGCAAACAAUUAAGCGAAAGUAAUGAUGGUGUAGUACCAUGGAUGAAUUGUCCCCAGUUACGAGAUAAAGAACUUGCAUCUCAAGCAGGCCUAACACCAUUUGGCGGAAUUCGAGAACAUGCCAUCAAAGUACUGGAUAAGGAGGGUGAAAAGAAGAAAGAUAUCAAUAAAAUUGUUGGUGAUCAGACUAGCGAAAGUAUAUUAAAGAUUUGGUCACAAGCAAAUCCUGAUGCUAAAAAUGGUCAGCUAUUCGGGAAACAUCGAGAUGCUGUGAUGGAAGUGAAAGGCGGUCGACAAUUUAGUCAAAAAGAAUUAAAUGCAAGUCGAGCCGCUAUCCCAAAAUUUCAGGAUCCACGUGAAACACUAGCAGCUAAAGCAAAAAAGGCUGAUGGUAUUCGUUCUAACGGGUCAAUCACUAACAGACAAGAAGUAGCCAAGCAAAUUAAAAGUGGGAAAGGGACUGAAGAUGAUAUCCUGGAUACACAUUAUAUGGCUUGGAUUGGUGGACAGUUAACUCUACAAUCACAGUCACCUUCAGAUGACUUCCAAAAGUCUCGCGACAUCGUCUCUAGAUCAUAUUUUGACCAGGUAAUGAGUGAGAGGGAAUAUAUGAUCAAGAAAGCAAAAGAAGAUAAAGUACGACGUCAAGAAAACAGGGGAAAAGGAAAGGUGAAAGGUAAAUUUGAAAUCGAUGGAAAAGAAAAGUGA